AUGACUCAGCCGGAUUCUCUGGCUUACUCGCAGCAUCAGACCCAGCAGGUGUCAUCAAAUGCGGUAAAAGAUCCCACAAAGACGAAGAUCCAGGAGUGUAUCAAUAAAAAGCGCCUUGAAGCUGCACGGAUAUCGGGAUUCCCAGGACCAUCUGCAUCGAUGCCGUCUACGAUAGCGCCAUCGCAAGCGUCGUACUCGGAUUCAAAUUUUAGCCACCACUCUGGAAAUCAGAGAGUGAUGCCAGGUGACUACCAAAACCAGCAGCCUGGCCAAGGUACAUCUUUAUCUUUAUUCCAUACAUUCUGGGCGCCAUAA